CUCUCUUAUGAAGUGUUACAGUGAAGUGCAACAAUAUACACAGAAUAUUUGAGCAAGAAGAAUGGAUUACACGGCGUUAACGGAAGCUAUAUCCUCCAAAUCUUACGAAAAGAUCGCCGAAAUGUGCGACGAUCUCAUGCUUCAGGGCUCUACUGAAGGUGUUGUGAACAACGAAGACUGGCCCUACGCAAUUCAUCUCCUCGGUCAUAUCUACGUGGACGAUAUUAAUAGUGCUAGAUUUGUGUGGAAGAAUGUCCCUAGAGUGGUUAAAGAGAAUAGGCCUGAAGUGACUGCUGCAUGGAAAAUUGGUCAGCGAUUGUGGACUAGGGAUUAUGCUGGUGUUUACGAGGCUAUUCGGGAGUUUAAUGGGAGUCCUGAAGCACAAUCUCUUGUUGAUUCUUUCUCAGAAGUUUACACCAAAAGGAUGUUUCAACUCCUGCGUUCUGCUUAUUCAACCAUAAGCAUUCAAGAGACGGCACUCUUCCUUGGAAUGAAUGAGGAGGAUGCCACUAAAUAUGUGUUGCAACAGGGCUGGAGCGUUGACCCUGCUUCUACAAUGUUUACUGUGAAGAAACAGGCAAUCGUAACCGAACAGAAACUAGAUCCCAGCAAAUUGCAGCGCCUUACAGAAUACGUCUUCCAUCUUGAGCAUUAAUCUAGAAACAUAUUCAGGCCAUCGGAGUCAUCCAGAGCGAUUAAUUUAGAACCGUAUCUUCUCUAGUCCUAUUCUCAUUUUGUUUACGUUUUUUCUGUUUCUCGACUCAGCCAUACAUCUAUGACAGAUAAAACUCAACUGCUAGUUUACACUAGUAACUGAAACUUUUGGUGCCCUGUCUA